GUUGUGAGUGAUGGAAUUGGGUGUGAGUUAUCCCACCCCUACCCCCCUUACACAUACGUUAUUCCAACCGCUUUUAACCAUCAAUGAAACCACUUAAAACCCCACCACCGUAACCCACCGUAACCCACCAUAAUCCACCAUGACCCCAUCAAAACAACUAGUUUUCUUGACACUCCUCACACUCAACCUCAUACCCCACCCAUCAACCGCACACCCACGAACCAUCUCCUUCCAAUUCCCACCAUUCCCCCUCCAAAACCUCACCCUCCUCGGCGACUCUCACCUCCGCACCACCGCCGCCGCCGUCACCCUCGACUCCCACUUCCCCUCUUCCUCCUCCGGCACCCUCAUCUACACAGCCCCAAUCCGCUUCACCGACAACCGCACCAACUCCACCACUUCAUUCUCCACCAAAUUCUCAUUCUCAAUCCUCGCCGCCGCCCCCGCCGGAGGCGGCGGCGGCUUAUCGUUCUUCAUCUCGCCGGAAAACCGCACUCUCGGGUCACCCGGUGGGUACUUGGGUCUUGUAAACUCAUCCCAAUUAACCCAAAAUAAGUUCAUUGCAAUCGAAUUCGAUACUAGGUUCGACCCGCAUUUCAACGACCCGAAUGCGAAUCAUGUCGGGUUGGAUAUCGAUAGCUUGAAUUCGAUCGAAACAGCCGAUUGUAGUUCGGUUGGGAUCGAUUUGAGGACCGGGGUUUCGUUCACUUCUUGGAUUGAUUACUAUCAUGAUCGGAAUAAUGUUCAAGUGUUCUUGACCCGUGGGUCGGGUUUUAAACCCGAAAACCCGCUUUUGAAUGUAACCAUUGAUCUUUCAAUCUAUUUUCAAGAGAUCAUGUAUUUGGGGUUUUCCGGAUCAACCGAAGGAAGCCAAGAGACACAUUCGAUCGAAAAUUGGAGCUUUAGAUCGUUCGGGAUCAAACGAUUCAACCCGAGAAUGGUUAAUCCGCACAAUGUGAGUACCAACGCGGUCCCCAUUCGAUCUCCUAACCGUUGGAACAAUAACCGUAAGAAGACUUUCGGGCUCGGGUUCGGUCUUGAAGUUUCGGGCUCGGUAUUCAUCUUGGCGGGAAUGGUCGUUUUCGGUUAUGUUUCCGUUAAGAAAUGGCGGGAAAUGAAAACAGAAAUGAACAUAAAAGCGGAAGUGAAAAGAAACCCAAGAGAGUUUAGUUACAAAGAGCUAAAGACUGCAACAAAUAACUUCCAUUCGAGUCAGAUCAUCGGCCACGGGUCGUUCGGGACGGUUUACAAGGCGUUUAUAUUGUCGUCCGGGACACCCGCGGCCGUGAAGCGAUCGUUGAGAUCGCGUGAGGCGAAAAGCGAGUUCUUGGCGGAGUUAUCGGCGAUCGCAGGUUUACGGCACAAGAACCUUGUUCAGUUGCUUGGAUGGUGUGUGAAAAAGGGUGAGUUGUUGCUAGUUUAUGAGUUAAUGCCAUAUGGAAGUAUUGAUAGUGUGUUGUAUAAAGAUCCGGAUCAUUGGGGGUUUUUAAAGUGGAUACAUAGGUAUAAAAUUGCUAUUGGGUUAGCUUCAGUUUUGGCUUAUUUGCAUCAAGAAUGUGAUAAGUUGGUGAUCCAUAGGGACAUAAAGUCGAGUAAUGUGAUGUUGGAUGCGAAUUUAAAUGCGCGGUUAGGCGAUUUCGGGCUGGCUAAGUUGAUCGAUCAUAACAAGAGCCCGGUUUCGACUCUCACGGCUGGAACGGCAGGGUAUCUGGCUCCGGAGUAUCUACAUUGCGGUAAAGCGACCGAUAAGACGGACGUGUAUAGCUACGGGGUGGUGGUGUUGGAGGUUUGUUGCGGUCGAAGACCGAUUGAGAGGGAAAUCGGGGGUCCGAAUAUGGUGAAUUUGGUGGAUUGGGUGUGGGAUUUGCAUACGAAAGGGGAGGUUUUGGGCGCGAUUGAUAAGCGGCUUAAUGGAGAGUUUGAUGAGGCGGAAGCGAGGAGGCUUUUGAUGGUCGGGUUGAGUUGUGUGAACCCGCGAAGUGAUAUGAGGCCGUCGAUGAGGCGGGUGCUUCAGGUUUUGAACCGUGAGGCGGAGGAGACUGAGGUGCCGAGUGUGAAACCGAAGGUGAGUUUUUCGAGCGGUAUGCCUUUGAGUGUGGAGGAUCUUAUGCGUUGCGAAGAACAUGUUCAGGCUUUGAACCGUGAGGCGGAGGAGAGUGAGGUGCCGAAUUUGAAGCCUAAUGUGAGUUUUUCGAGCAACAUAUCGUUGAGUGUCGAGGAUCUUGUGCGUUGCGAAGAACAUGAUGAACGCGAAGAAGGAGAUGGUUCGGAUUGUGGAUUCGAGAUCCGUAUUGAUUAGAAGGUUUGAGUUUUGGUGUUGAUUACGUACAGUUUUGAAGGUUGAUUUGUUGUUGAUCAUGUACAUUUUCUUUGAAGGUUUGAUUAGUAGGUUUAUUGAAUAAUUUUGUAAAUUGACAACAUUCAUCACAAUCAAGUGACAAAUUGCAUAAA